GUCAGCACUGACGCGUUCAUUCAGCGUCGAGUCUUCAGAGCUGAGUUUCUUCUUCCCAACGUCGCCCUAAAUACUGGAGUAUUCCCAUCAGUCUACAAGUGAAGACGAGCAUCAGACCAUCAGGAAGAAGAGAAAUCUGCAAAGACAGAGUUUAUUGAAGGACAGUGAGAAGAUGAGUGAUCCAGAACCCUGCAGAAUUAAACAGGAAGACACUGAAGAACUAAUAGAUGUGAUGGUGAAGGAGGAGAGUGAAGAACUGAGCGAAGAUGAGGAGAAACAUCAGGUCAAGAGCGAAGAAGAAACUCAAUCAGAGGCUGAACAAAGUAUUUUAAUGGAAAUACCAGCUGCAAAUGAUUUGACCUGCACUCUGUGUGGAAAGAGUUUCAAGAACAAACACACUCUGAAGAGUCACAUGAAGACGCACACCGGAGAGAAACCGUACAAGUGCUCGCACUGCGACAAGAGAUUUGGUAGGUCAGAAUGCCGGAAAGUACAUGAGCGGAUUCACUCUGGAGAGAGACCGUACACAUGCACUGAAUGUUGGAAGAGUUUUAUACAAUUAGCAAACCUUAAUGCACACAUGCUGAUCCACACCGGAGAGAAAGCAUUCACAUGCACACAGUGUCGGAAGAGUUUUACACUAUUAGCAAACCUUAAUCAACACAUGAAGAUCCACACUGGAGAGAAACCACACACAUGUGAUCAAUGCGGCAAAGCAUUCGUGAGGUCUUCACAGCUGAAGAACCAUCUUAGUGUUCACACAAACGAGAAGCCGUAUUCCUGCUCUGAGUGUGGAAAGAGUUUUAUUAGAGCUGGAGACUUGAACCGACACCAGAUGAUCCACACUGGUGUGGAAAAGCAUGCCUGCGUUGAGUGCGAGCAGACGUUUAUUAGAGUUGAACACUUAAAAAGACACCAGGUGGUUCACACCGGAGAGAAACCGUACAAGUGCUCACACUGCGACAAGAGAUUUGCAAGGUCAGAAUACCGGAACGCGCAUGAGAGGACUCACACUGGAGAGAGACCUUACAAGUGUUCACACUGCGACAAGAGAUUCGGUAGGUCAGAAUGCCGGAAAGUACAUGAGAAGAUUCACACUGGAGAGAAAAAACACAAGUGUGAUCACUGCAGCAAAACAUUCCUGAGGUCGUCAGAGGUGAAGAGCCAUCUUAGAGUUCAUGCAGUGGAGAGGCCUUAGUCAUGUUCUCGGUUUACACAUCAACAUCAUUUCCCUCCCAGAAAACUCCAUUGUGUUUUCACAAACAUCACAGGGCUUGAAAUUACGACCAUUUUGGUUGCAUAUGCGCCCGAAAUUUAAGCUAUUUGACCUCAUGAUAUAUUUUAGAGCAUUUGUGCGACUGCAUAUAAUGGUUGUAGUGCGACCUGUUUGGUUUUUUUCUAAAAACGUGCUGAAUCGCUCUUCCGUGCCGCUGUAUUGGUUCAUAUCAGCUGUCAAUCACUCAAGACUUUCUGCUGUCAGAUGACGGGGAGCUUUUGUUACCGCAGCGAAUGCAAAAGACUGAAGAGUUAAAAGUACACCGAAUCUCGGUGCGUUGCAUUCACUGCGUGUUUAGCGCAAAUGUUCGCUAAAUCUAAAAUCGAACACCUUCGCCAAAGAAGCUCGCCUUUACUAAGAGCCUACUCACACUAUGCUAUGCAAACCGUGCCCAGGCCCGUUUCCCGGAUUGUUUGAGAAGUUUGAGUGCGCUGAAUCG